GAUAUAGGAAUCAUGUCAUGCACAGAUUCUAGAAUCAUACAGAAGCAACCUUUUUUUUAUGACUUGUAGAAACCAAUGUGCUAUAUUCACUGAACUUUGUGGUCAGUCUGAACAAAUUGUAGUUUUGUCUCGUGACCGGUAACAUAAGCUUUGCCACUGCCUUAUCUUUUAUCUAUUACAAUAAGACAGAUUGUACUGAGACUCAUAACUACUCCCACUAUGGGUUGACAGUUUUUGUGGUUGAAGUGAUCCAUGGUCCAGCUCAUGAUAUCAGCCAUCAUUUUCAGCUUACUCAACCGGCUUUUAAGUCUUAAUGGAGUCGAUAAAAAGAAUAUUUUCUUCACUAAACCCUAGUUCAAUUAGUUUGUGAUUGUGACUUAAUCAUGAGAAUGACCUGACCUGCAAGUCCUUGUCUUCAGUGUCAUCUUUCUCUGGGAUCAGCUCAUCUACCAGAUCAAAGUUGGGCUCCUGCCCUACCCACACUCCAGAGUCCAGACAGACAUCAGCAUUACACAUACAAAAGCAGAAGCAGGUGGUUAAAAAUUAGUUGGAAGAAGAUGAACAUGAAUCCAUAUAUACCAGGAACUUGUUAGGCCUGCAUUGCCAUUUGCAACAAGCAGUCUGCUGUUAAUUAGAACAGCGCAAAAAACAAAGAAAGAAAGAAAUUAUCUUCAGAUACAAAUCUCAGUAGAACAGUAGAGGUGAUCAUGAGCUACUGGGGAAGCCCAGGCGGGCCGCCGUCGUGGACGGCGAGCCGGGGGCCGUCGCCAGUGGUGCCGCUCCUCGUCGUGAUGGCGCUGGGAUGGGUCAUCUGCCAAGAGACCCUGAUGGAGUGGUACGAGACGGUGACGGAGUUGGAGGAGACGGUGACGGACAACGCCGUGCUCGUGGUCCUCGCCCUCGGCGCCGCCGCGCUACUGCUCGCCUUGGCCGUGGCCGGCAACCGGAGCGAGGUGGUGCUGGUGCCGGUGGUGCUGGUGGCGGUCAUGUUGCUCAUCCAGAACAUCGUGCUCACCGCUCUCCUGCUUCUGGUGCUGGUCUACUUCGCCGGCAUAUACUACUACCGGCCGGACAGAGGGUACGGCUACGGCUACGGCGGUGGUUUCGGCGGCGACUGGAGCGGCGGAGGCGGCGCCGGGCUGGGGUUCUACAUGCUGCUGCUCCUGUGCCUGGUGCUGUGCGCCAUGUUCUCCGACGGCGGCAAUGGCUGGUGGAUCCCAGGUGUGAUGCUGGCCGCGUGCGUGCUCUGCCUCAAUCUCUUCUCCGGCGGGAAAGUCUGGGGAUAUGGAUACCCCUGAGCUCUGAGCAUGCUUUUUUCAGGGCAGUAUUGUUUCUUGCCAUUUAACAUGCCAUAUCAGGGGAGGGGGAGCAAAUAUGUAGAAAGAAGCGUAUGAUCACUGCAGUGCUAUUUUCUUAAUGUAUAGCUGUUGUAAUUUUAGCUUUGGCAAACUUAUACUUACCUACUGAUUUAUGUCAAAUACAAACUGGUUUGUAAACCAGCGAGCUGUGGAAAACCAAGCUGUUGUGGCCUAUGUGCUGUAAAAAACUGUAAGUCGUUUGAUUGAAGCAA